AUGUCCUCCUAUCGGGACUUAGCGCCACGUCCACAAGAUGUGCCUGCCGUCGCGCCUGGCAACAGUUUCUCUAGAACGGAAGCUAAUCUCAAACAGUGUGAUGGUGAGAGACCAGCCUGUCGUUCCUGCGUGGAGCGAGAGACGACAUGUGGAUAUGAUCCACCUACUGGCACAUUGCUCGCUCAGGCGCAGAAGAGAAAGAUCGAAGAACUAGAGACCGACAGGAGCUCGUUAUAUGAAGUCCUGUGGUAUCUACAGACAGCCUCUCCGUCCAAAGCUACAGCAUUGUUGCGACACAUGCGAGCUGCUCAGGGUGAAGAUCUUGGCGUCAUCUUCAGAAACUUCGAAAUGAAUCGCCCCAGUUCUUCCAUGUCUGCAGCAGCUCCUGAAACCGAUGCCAGCAAGGGCUAUGCAUCAUCGGUAAUAAACGAUUCUUCCUCUUCGGUAAUGCUCUCUAUGCCAGAAGUCAUGGACCAUCCCAACUUCUCCGUUGCUCAAAAAAAGCAGUUUAACAUGACGGCCAUUACUCUGCUUGCUCCGAACCAGCAAGAUGCAUCCGUCGACAAGAUCAACGGCCCGCUCGAUAUGUUUUUCGGCUGUGUGGGUGCGCUUUUCUACAUCAUGAACAAGGAUGACGUUCAGAUAAGCAUUGCAGCAAUGAAGGCUUCAGGUAAUGGCCAUAUACCACUUGGAGACGUGCUCACCAACGGGAGUAAUAUACAACUGCGCACAUACGCCGCAGAGCUUGCGGGCAUGGCAGCCAUCGGCGUCGUUCAUUCCCAACUCGCUGAUCCCGAAACGGCGCCGCCACCUGAACUUGCCGACUACUUCUAUGCAGUCGCAAAGCAUGGGCUAGACUCUGCCAUAUCGUUCAGUCCGCUUCGAGCAAUGAAAAUAUGUUCGUUACUUGGAAUGUACAAUAUCGUGGUCAAAGCCACAGUCGCUCUAGCUUAUAUUGGACUUGGACUAAGUCUACCCCGUAAUCAGAAAAUUAGUCUUAAAACUUGCCCGCCAGGCUGGUCUCUUAAUCCGGUGAUUCAGGAUAUCACCUCAACUCAAGACGAAUUGGACGUACCACCAGAAGACAUGAUCCGUCGUGAAUGCGUCAAAGUGUCCAUCAUCAAGGCAAGCUUGCUUCGUCGCCUACCAACAAAAGCCCCUGUGCUUGAAGGUACCAUACUUGAGUACCGUGUACGAUUGUCGAGAUUUCAUGCGCGUCUUCCCGAUUGGAUGUCAAUUGCUUCCUUGUUAGGGGGCGAGAACACUGAACUCAUGGCCACGUUCCGUCCCGUUAUAUACUACGUCCAUCUGUUCUACCUGUCAGCCAUGAUGCUGCUCUCAAGGCGGCUAAUUAUAGCAUAUAUCCCGCUGGAUGCGAUUGGGAGCGUAACUCUUCCAUCGGAAGCACAACGAGCCAUCGAAGAAGGUUACCAGGCCGCGGAAACGAACGCUUCCGUUAUGGAUCUGAUGUUACAGGAAGGCAAAGUAGUACAAGUAUGCUGGCUGUGCAUUUAUACCUCUUACACGGCGGGUAUCAUGAUCGCUCACAAAGCUUCGCAAAACGCACUGCACAACGAGCCAUUCGCCCACGGCAUGGUUCUGCUGAGUAAAUAUAUCGGCGUUCUCGGAUACUGUGCGAUCAAGGAUGCACUUGCUGGGAAGUUUCACGACAUCCUUACUGAGCAUAUGAGUAUGCUUCGACAAUACGAAUCUACUUUAGCUAGAAGCGGGAAUUCUGCUACCCCUUCGUCUUCUUCAUCGAACGAUAGCCUCUUCAUCUUCCAGCGCGGCUCUUCGAAUCUCCAUAUCGCCGCUCUCAACUUGCUUCGAACCAUACACCACCCGUUCGGUGGUCUGAGAGAUGUCACAGCACAGAACACGCUCUCGAAUCGCGCUGAGACAACCAUGGGGACACAUCUCGAGUGGGAGUACGAGCUUGAAAGUCGAGACCUUGCGCAGGCACGGCCGAAGGAUAGUAAGCUGGCGGAUACCGUUGACGCUAAGAUCGAGUCAAUGACUCCUCUUUUUUCGGGGGGCGCCGGUGCAGUAGGCACCGUCGUUGGUAAAGCGAUCCUGGAGAGUGGCGGAGACGUCGUCUUCGUCGAUGUCUCGAACCCUAAUCCCAAAGCCUGGAACUCGCUUCAGGAAUAUGCUAAAGCCAACAACACUUCCGCAACUUUCCAAACCCUUGAUGUCCAGGAUGAAGCCAGCAUCACGUCAGCCUUCACCACCAUCCGUACCACCCUCCGUCACCCGAUCCGUGGCCUUGUCUCCUGCGCAGCGAUCUCUGGAGAGAGCGAUGCAUGUGACUACCCCAUUACGACAUUUCGGAAGAUCCUCGACAUCAACAUUUCCGGAACCUUCCUCAUCGCCCGUGCUGUAGCAAAUGAACUCCACUCCACUAAUCUACCAGGAAGCAUCGUCCUCUUUGCCUCAAUUUCCGGUCACAUAUCUAACCACGGAAUCAACACUGCCGCAUACAACGCCUCAAAAGCGGCCGUACACCAACUCGCUCGUUCGCUCGCGGCGGAAUGGGGACAUCCGCAGAAUACCUUCCCAGGAAGCACAGUCACAGAAACGAAUCCGAACCCAAGCCAAGAGCCUCGGAAAAUUUACCCGCCGAUUCGUGUUAACACUAUUAGUCCCGGACAUAUCGAUACGCCCCUCAGCGCGGAGGCGCGGAAGAGGGGGCUGACAGAGGAGUGGGCUAAGCAGAAUAUGUUAGGGAGGAUUAGCGUGCCCGAGGAGUUUCGGGCGCCCGUGCUGUUUUUGUUGAGCGAGGGGAGCAGUUACGUUACUGGUUCUGAUUUGAGGGUCGAUGGUGGACACUGCGCAUGGUAG